AUGAUUCAUACAAUCAGAAGUACUCGAUUUAAUCUUUCAAUUUCAAAACUGGUUAAACCUCAUGUCAUUCGCGCCUAUGCUACUGUACCUCCUGGUGCACCUGCAUUUCAGGUGUUUGAUCGCCAUGUAAAGCAAAUGCAAAAAGACCGAGCCGCAAUUUCAGUGGAGUCCAGUCGCGAAGUUGACUACAUCAAGGACGAAGUGGCUGCUCGCGUGGCUGAUAGACUAUUGGACAUUAAACGCAAUUUUAGUCAAGUUGUUGAUUUGGGAUCUGGAUGUGGACAUAUUGUUAAACAUCUCGAUCCAACAAUGGUCAAGAAACUGAUCAUGUGUGAUUUAUCAGAAAAGGCAUUACUUAGAGACGCAGACCAGCCCUGUAGUAUUGAAAUCGAACGACAUGUGGUGGAUGAAGAACAUUUGCCAUUUAAAGAGGACAGUCUUGAAGCUGUGUUGAGUAGUCUCUCUCUCAACUGGGUUAAUGAUUUACCUGGUGCUCUUAUUCAAAUCAGAAAGGCGUUGAAACCUGAUGGUGUGUUUAUUGGUGCUAUGUUUGGAGGAGAUACAUUGUUUGAGCUGAGAACUUCUUUGCAACUGGCAGAGACAGAACGAGAGAGUGGUGUGUCCCCCCGUGUGUCCCCGAUGACAGACUCUAGCGAUAUCUCUCGACUUCUCACAAGAGCAGGAUUUACAUUGACAACCGUUGAUGUUGAUGAGAUUCAGGUGAACUAUCCAUCAGCCUUUGAACUGAUGCAGGAUCUUAGAUCUAUGGGUGAGAGUAAUGCGGUUUUGUCUCGCCGUCCUCUGCUACAGAGAGAUACUCUCUUGGCAGCGGCAUCUAUUUAUAAAGAGCUUCACGGAAACCCAGACGGAUCAAUCCCAGCAACCUUUCAGAUCAUUUAUAUGAUCGGAUGGAAGCCCUCUCCUGAUACUCCCAAACCCAAAAAGCGAGGAUCUGCUAAUGCGUCUUUGAAAGACGUACUUUAA